GCGAGUGACCAGGCUCGGACAGAAAUGGUGGCGCUGUCGACGGCCAGAGAAGGGAAUGAAUGCGCCGCGAAAGCUCUGCCCUCUAUGCAGACUUUCGUACUUCGGCACGCUGUGACGUCGACCUGUCCCGGCACGACACUGUUCGAAUACUCCUGAAAAGCACCUUCCGUCCAUGUUCGGGGCCCUGGUCGUCGCCUUUAGCAGACGAUGAUUCAAGCUCAGCUGAGGGUUGAGUUCGUGUCAUGAACAACCGGGCAGGAGAUCUUACCAGAGGAGGUGGUCAUGCCCUCCUACUGUCAAGGCGGAACUCCAGGCAUAGUAGAAGUCCGAACACGGAUGAUGACUCUGAGAACAGCCGAUGUCCAUCACCACUGCUCACUGUCGAUGACGGGUACCGCAUAGAUCCCUUCUUGCGAUAUCCCGUUCCCAGAGCGUCCAGAGGUGUCAAGUUCAUGACCGACUAUUUGUGGGCUCCGCAACAAGCGCAAGCCGUCAGCCUGCAACACGGAGGCAAUGCACUGUUGACGGUCGUCCUGCCAUUGGCUAUGCAGAACUCGAUGCUGUUUGCAGCGACCAUCGCGAUGACCAGAGCGGCGUGGAUUCUGAGGAGAGGGUCUGAGCCCUUUGCGGAUAAGAUGCUGCUCCGGCAUCGAGGAGCGGCAAUGCUCGAGCUGAGAAAUGCCCUUGUCGAGACCGGAAGGUCUCGUUCAGACCUCAUAUUGCUGACCAUGUCCACGCUUUUGACCUUGAAUUACAUGAUCAACGACAUGGAUUCUUUCGAGGUCCAUCUCCGUGCUCUGGAGAAUAUGCUGAAGUCGUAUGAGGCUGCUGAGGACAGUCCACUCCGGAGUUUUGUGCGAGGGCGUGUGUUGGCCUUUGGGGUGCUUGCCUCCUUCUUACAUGCCCAGCAGCCCAGCUAUGCAACUCGGAUCAAUGAGCCAGGUCAUCGUAUCAGUACGCUGACAUACCCAGGCCUUCCUUUCCCUGCGGACCUUUGCACAGUUGUCGCAAAACUGCCCGAAGGAUUCAGCGAGGUCGCCUUGAGCAGAAGUAUAGCCAUAGAAAUCAUAAGCUUCCUGGUCAAGCUGACAGAGUUGAUCGACUAUAUCUCGUCGGCUCCAGAUGAAGACGCAUCAACCACUCGACCAGAAAUGACUAUGCAGCGAGCCAUCUACGACCUGCAGUGUCUUUCGGCCUUGCCAUUGACGGCAAUCGAGGCCCAGAUGGCUAGGGGCUUGCUUGCCUUCCUUCUACACCUGUACAAUCAAUUGUCGUUCCGAAUUCCUCUGGCCAGACCGCUGCGUCCCAUCCUAGAGGCAUUCAACGAACAUCAUGAGAUUCCACGGAAUCACUGGCUUCAACGUUGUCUUCUCUGGUCUUCCACGGUCAUCGCAAGUGCGUGGGAUACACAGAUUGACGCGUCACCACAGAAUCACGUCAUACUUGAUAGACUCGUAUCUCGCGUGUCGGAAGGCAGAUCUUGGGAGAGUCUGGAAGUGAACAUGCGCAAGUUUUACUGGCAUGACCAUCUAGCUGAUGAAUGGGAAAUUUGUUGGAGGGCGACAAAGUUCAGGAUCGGACAACACAGGAGAGGAGCUUCGCAAAUCUCAUCGUUGUCACAGUUGCUGUUCGAAAGCAGCCAGAGCUCCGAAACAGGGUCAUCGGAUGAUCAUGUGUGAGAAUAUCUGUCCUCGUAAGACGAGUUGUUCGGCAGACGCUUGAUGCGUACGCAGUUGAAGACACGAUGGACCUGGUAGCCUUUAAUAUUUGCAAGAGCUUGCAUACAACGGAAGGCAGUCUGGCGCAAACUAGGGACGCACACCGCAUGGCUGGGCACGCGAGUUCUCUCUCCAACUUUUCCGACUUUUGACCAUACCACGACCUUCAUGAUCAGU